AUGAUAUGUAAAUAUUAUCGUUCGGGUAAAUGUGAAUAUGGAAAUAAUUGCCGGUAAGUCAAUUUUUUUGUUUAUUUUGGUUGGGAACUUUAUAUUUUUUAUGUACUAUUUUAACAUUAAUGUUGUGUUAGACUUUAGAUAAUUCAACUUUUUUAGAUACGAUCACGUGAAAGAGAAGCCAACUGUACAAAAACCAGCCACUAAUAAACUACAAUUCAAAUCGAUCCGAAACGGGUUUAAUAAUAAUAUACAGGUAAGUAUAUCUUAACUUUCAUCUUAUGUUGGUUUAGGAUAAUAAAAAGAAGUCAGACGUUCCAUCUUCAUCUAAAGCUAACACAUCCACUACUACAACCAAAGCGUGCAAUUCCUGGGCAAAACCUUUAAAGUUCUCAGUGGAUGCGCCAGCGUUUGUUCCGCGAAAGUUACAGUUAGCUGAACUACAGUUAUGUCCUUAUUUUGAAGUUAGUGGGGAAUGUGCUAAAGGUAAGCAAUAUUGAGCCACCACAUCAUUUACCUUAAAAUUCUAAUGUCGUUGUGACGGUUAAUAAUUUUGUUUUAAGUUAAAGUAUUUAAUAAUGCUAGUAUAUAGUUUAAGCAUUGAAAAACGAAAUUUUAAAUUUACACUUUUCAUUGUUACCUAAAAUUAUAUUAUUGUAGAUUUUUUACUUUAUAGUAUUUAGUUAAUUGUACAUUUCAUGUUUUUUAGGAGAAGAAUGCCAACUAGUACAUGGAGAUUGCUGUGAGAUGUGUUGCCAGUUUGUUUUACAUCCAUAUAACGAGGAAAGUAGAAAGAAUCAUCACAGAGAUUGUCUAGCUGAACAUGAAAAGGCAAUGAAAGAAGCCUUUAUGGUGCAGGUAUCGAGUGACAAACAAUGCGGGAUCUGCAUGGAGAAUAUUGUGGAUAUUGGAGCUCGAUUCGGUAUUCUGCAGAACUGUCGACAUUGUUUUUGUUUAAAGUGCAUCAGGGAAUGGAGAAAGAAGGAGGAAUUUGAGAAGAAGGUUGUCAGGCAAGUUUUUUUAUUAUUAUGAAUGUAAAGAAUAAUUUAUUUUAUUAAUGCUAUAACACAAAAUACAUUACUAGAUCGUAAAAAUAUUUUAAAAUUGAUGCCUAAUUUUACGAAUCAAUUUUUGUUGCAGGUCGUGCCCAGAAUGCCGUGUUCGAAGCGACUUCAUCAUUCCGUCGUCUGUCUGGGUCGAAGAUCAAGAAGAAAAAGACGAAAUCAUAUCGACAUACCAACAGAACAUGAAGCAGAAAGUGUGUAAAUAUAUGGCUAGUGGUGUAGCAGAAGACUGUCCCUUUGGCAACAAAUGUUUCUACAAACAUCAACUGCCAGACGGCUCCAUCGUGCCAGGGAAGUCGCCUCAGGAGCUGAGAUCUCGAUUGAAUCGAAGGUAUAACCUGGCAGAUGCCUUUGAGAUUAUAUCGUCCAUGGAACUCAUCCAGUCGCGGCUAUUCGAGGACUUGUGGACGGACGACGAGUCGGAUUAA